GUGUCCAUAUCUCAGGUAACCGUCUCUUUCUCUCUCUCAUAAAAUCCAAAGCCUUUCUAGCUCUCUCCCUCUCUCUACUGCGUUACUCGGAAGGCACAGGGCCAUUGUUAAACUUCCCUGCUUCUUCUUCGAAACCCUCAUCGAAUUUUCCCAAUCUCCCUUUCCCUUCAAUUUCUUGGUUGAUAAAAUCGGAUAGCUUUUUCGAGGCCCAAAAAAGCGAUUGCAAACAGUGUGCGCUGUGUGCAUGACGAGCGCUUCGGAGUUAUUCUACACCAGGAGGUCUCGCUAUGGUAGAUCCACCGCCGCCGAUGACCUAGGCGGGCUCCAACCUCUCUCUCCCGAUCGAAAUUCCCACCAUACCAAUACCUACAGUUACGCCCAGAACCGUCGCCACCAGCGUCAUCUUCUUAAUGGCAAUGCUAGUGGUGGUGCUAAUCAUCGCCAUGAUUUCGAUGCCUGUGAUUCGCUCCGUCGGUCUGCCCCUCAUCUGCGCCACAACCUCUGCCACCGCGUUUCCCUCCCGGACCGGGCAGCAUUUCAACUCGAGGAAGGUACAAGCCAAUUUGUUAGCAGUAAUAGGAUUAAUUUAGAAAAUUUUAGCAGUGGAAGCAGGCCAAGAUUGACUGGGAAUGAAAGGCUUCCUGGUGCCGUGCUACUUGCAAGGGCUAGGCUUCUUGAAAGGUUGAGAGGCGUCCCUCCCCCUGGAAGCAGGCCACGCAGUGGAGGCAGAUUCCAUAUUUUUGGUGCGGAGGCAGUGCUUGAUGACUUUUUAGGGCCUGUGGAGGCAAGGGACAGGAGGACUGAAAACUUGACAGGUGGGUCAGCCAAUGGCUUCCCCUCAACCGACUUGAGCUCUGAAAAUGAAAGACCAGGAUUAUUGCAAGAACCAAACAGGAAGCCAGAUGGACUUACCCAAGAGGCCUUGGAUUGUUUGCAUGUUGAGCUUUUCAGCAGUACAGAAAUUGCUGUCAAAGAUUUGGUGUCGAGAACAUCAUUGGACUGCAGCAUAUGCCUGGAGAGUUUUGUGCAGGGAGACGAACUCAUACGCUUGCCUUGUGGGCAUAGAUUCCACGCUGUUUGUCUGGAUCCAUGGGUUCGGGUUCGAGGGGACUGCCCUUAUUGUCGAAGUGUUAUAGUUGUAACAAAUCAAAGAGCUAAAUCAAGUACAUAGUUUCUGUUUAUAUGUUUUAUAACUUUGGGUGUUUUCAGUAUAGGAAAGUUUUGGGACUUCAAAGCUAACUGGUUGCUUUGUAAUCUUUUCUGGGUGAAUUAUACCAGUGUGUGUUCUGUUUUGUUAUAAAGUAAGAGACUACAUUGAAUCCAUUUCUUUCA